AUCAAUACAAACCUAAUAAUAAUACAAUAUAAAACAGUGGAUAUGUAAAACCAAAAACUUGCUACCGGGAAAAAAAUGUUUAAACUUAUCCUAAGUGUGAGCUCAUUUAUACUUAUCUAUAGGGAAUAGAGAGGGGGAGAGAGAAACUCAGAAACAGUUGGGGAAAGGGGAGGGACUGCAUUUAACAAACAAACAAAAAAACCUGGGGGGUUUUGUUAUACUACUUGUCUUGGGGAACCAAACGUCCACACAUGUCUGGAUGCGCUGAGUGAGGGGAUGUCUUGGGGAGACGUAUCAGGCAAUUCAGGGAAAUGUGAGUACUGCGGCCAGGGAGGGCAUGAUGGGAGAACCAGUUUGAAAGGAAAUGGCAGAUUGAAGCAGAAGUGUUGGAACGGAGGUGCUGGAAAGAUUUGGAGAACAGCGUGUGGAAACCAGAGAUGGUGAGGAGGCUGUGGAGAGUGCCCAAAGAAGGAGAACAGAUAAGGGGUAAUGUAGAGGUGACUGGUAAAUGGAAACUGAAGUGAUGGAGUAAAGGGGAAGUUUGAGUGAACAAUGGAUUUGACAUGGAGAAUGCCCCGAAGGCAGAGGGGUGAGGAAGCAGGUGAUGCGACAGCACAGACAUGAUGCCAAGGAGGCAAAGAGCACUCAUGGGCCUUAUUAGUGGAGAGGGCAUGUAACCAGUGGCCCAGGUUAUGCAGGGAUGGCAGAACCUGGUUUGUGCCUUGCGCCAUGUUUGAUGCCAUGGAAGGGAUUCAGAUUUGGUUUGUUAAUGAGUUAACCAUAAGGAAGGUCUCAGUAAAGGGGAUUAAUCAGUGCGAUAGACCCCAAUCCGUGUGUUCUUUGCCUUGUUCCUCCCUCCUCACAAACGAGGCCCUUGCCUGUUAGGGUCACACCACUACACACAGCAACAAAUUUAGGAUUUUAAUACAAGUCAGCACGAUGAUUCUUUUGGUGCCACCCAUGAGUGGAUUUGCUCGCUGUAAAAGCGAGAUACCCGAAUCCUAGUUCCAUCCCCUCCCUCCCGUGACACUCAGAAAAGCAGCUUUUAAACUAUUUCGUUGGCCUAAUAAAAGAGAUGGCGUUUACCCAAAGAACCUUGUCAGCUGUUAAAGGCGAGGAGGCGGCGAAGGAUGCUCGUCCCUCAGCCGCCGGGAUGCGGGCAGGCGAGCGAGCGAGCGAGCGAGGACGUCUCUGCUACAAACCCAGUUCCUGCCAAGAGCAAGAAUAAAAGGGAAAAGAAAAAGGAAAAUGAAGUUGUGAAUGGACUUAGGGGUGAGCUGUGCUAUGAGCCAGACUUCAUAGAAGACAGGAUGAAGAUUUAUGAAACACUGAAAAAAGAACACGAUGCCUUGCUUUCCUACAGAGCAGCCAGUGAGAACAGACCCAUCAAAAUAAUUCUGACUGAUGGGAAUGUGGUUGAAGGGGAAUCUUGGAAAACCACACCUUAUCAAAUAGGUGCAGGAAUUAGUCAAGGAUUGGCAGAAAAUGCAGUGAUAGCCAAAGUGAACAGUGAAUUGUGGGAUAUGGAUCGUCCAUUGGAAGGAGACUGCACACUUGAACUGCUUACAUUUGAUAAUGAAGAAGCUCAGGCUGUUUACUGGCAUUCAAGUGCUCACAUCCUUGGAGAAGCUAUGGAGAGUUACUAUGGAGGCUGUUUGUGCUAUGGGCCACCUAUUGAGAAUGGAUUUUAUUAUGACAUGUAUAUUGAAGACAGGGGUGUCUCUAGUACAGAAUUCCCAUCACUGGAGAACAGAUGUAAAAAUAUCAUUAAAGAAAAGCAGUCGUUUGAAAGACUAGAAGUCAGCAAGGAGAUUCUGUUAGAUAUGUUUAAGUAUAACAAGUUUAAAUGUCGUAUCCUGAAUGAAAAAGUUGACACGCCAACUACCACAAUAUACAGGUGUGGUCCAUUGAUUGAUCUUUGCAGAGGGCCACAUGUGAGACAUACUGGAAAAAUUAAGGCUUUAAAAAUAUUUAAGAAUUCCUGUACAUAUUGGGAAGGAAAGGCUGACAUGGAAACUCUGCAGAGAAUCUAUGGAAUAUCCUUCCCUGAUAGCAAAAUGAUGAAGGAAUGGGAAAAAUUCCAAGAAGAAGCCAGAAACCGGGAUCAUAGAAAAAUUGGAAAGGAACAAGAACUUUUCUUUUUCCAUGAUCUGAGUCCAGGAAGCUGUUUUUUCCUCCCCAGAGGUGCCUUCCUUUACAAUGUACUUACAGAUUUUAUACGAGGCGAGUAUCACAGACGUAACUUCACUGAAGUAGUGUCGCCCAAUAUCUAUAAUAGUAAACUCUGGGAAGCAUCGGGCCACUGGCAACACUACAGUGAAAAUAUAUUCUCGUUUGAAGUUGAGAAGGAGACUUUUGCUCUAAAACCCAUGAACUGUCCAGGACAUUGCCUGAUGUUUGCUCACCGCCCACGCUCCUGGAGGGAAAUGCCUAUUAGACUGGCAGAUUUUGGAGUUCUUCAUCGAAAUGAACUUUCAGGGACUUUAAGUGGCUUGACGCGAGUCAGGCGCUUCCAACAGGAUGAUGCUCACAUCUUUUGCACAAUGGAACAGAUUGAGGAAGAAAUGAAGGGCUGUCUCAACUUCUUGCAGUCAGUUUAUGCUGUCUUUGGUUUUACCUUCCAAUUGCAUCUUUCCACAAGACCUGAAAAUUACCUAGGGGAAAUAGAAAUCUGGGACCAUGCAGAAAAGCAACUACAAAACAGCUUGAAUGAUUUUGGAGAGCCAUGGAAGUUGAAUCCAGGAGAUGGAGCAUUUUAUGGUCCAAAGAUUGAUAUCAAAAUCAAAGAUGCUAUUGGUAGAUACCAUCAGUGUGCUACUAUCCAACUUGACUUCCAGCUACCAAUCAGGUUUAAUCUUACGUAUGUUGGUAAGGAUGGUGAUGAUAAGAAAAGGCCAGUGAUCAUUCAUCGAGCCAUUUUGGGCUCAGUGGAGAGAAUGAUAGCUAUUCUAGCAGAAAAUUAUGGAGGAAAAUGGCCUUUCUGGCUCUCCCCUCGGCAGGUCAUGGUUGUUCCAGUGGGGCCUACUUGUGAGGAAUAUGCCCAUCAGGUUUGUAGUGAAUUUUUUGAAGCAGGAUUUAUGGCUGAUGUUGAUGGAGACCAGAGUUGCACAUUAAACAAGAAAAUAAGAAACGCACAGCUGGCUCAAUAUAAUUUUAUUUUAGUGGUUGGGGAAAAGGAAAAAGCAAGUAAUGCUGUCAAUGUGAGAACAAGAGACAACAAGGUUCAUGGAGAGAUUUCCAUAUCUUCUGCCAUUGAAAAACUAAAGAAUUUAAAGAAUUCUCAUACUCUAAAUGCAGAGGAAGAAUUUUGAAAUUGGUUAAUUUCCUGAGAUGAAACCAAAAUGCCUGGC